AUGGAUCCGAUAAAACACGAGGAAAAGAUGCAGCAAAUCCUGAAGACGGCUAUUGAGUGCCUCGAAUCUCGCCUCAGAUUUGGGAAAACGGAGGAAAAAGAGAAGAUCAAGGCCGAGAUCAUUGGAAGAUUCCAGGAAACCGUUGGCCGGGUGAUCGACACGAAUAAAAAGCUGUUGAUCAAGAAAUUAGCCUCCAAGACCUUUGAGCUGGCCGUUAAAACCUAUGAGACUGAAUUAAGGAACCGUCGUUUCUUGAGUGAUGCCAAUUCCAAUCCACGGCAAAUCCAUGAAGAAUGCCAGAGGAUUGCCGUGGAAUUCUACACAAAGGAAACAUUCACACAUGCAGCGGAAGAGUUAAUCCAGAAGAAGCUGGAGCAGCUGGUUGCGAAGUGCGAAGAAGCCCUGGGAAAUAUCCUUGUCGACCAUGUGGAGCGCCAUCUCAACAAUCGGGUCUUGAGAAUCGUCGCCGAAGUUGUGAAACACCAUGAAAAGAACCUGAAAGAGGAAGAAGCCGUGGAGAAGCAUCGCGUUGAGCAGAAACGGAUGGCUGAAUUGAAAGAAAUUGCGGAGAAUAAGGGCAACAGUGAGAACGAUCGACAAAUGAUGCAGGCCUACAUACAGAUGAUAUCCGAACAACAGGCCCAUCAAAUAGAAGACGCAGCACGCCAAGAUGCCAAUCAAGUGGCAAUCCGAAAGAUCGAACACGAUAUGCAACAGAAAGCGGCUGAACGACAGAUGCUGAUGGACGAGCAACGGCAUAGGAAAGAAAUGGAGAACACCCAGGCGCAACGCCAAUACGAAUUCCAACGCGAACAAAUGGAACAUCAACGCCAGCGCACAGCUUUCGAAUAUCAGCAACGAAUGCAUGAUGCAGCCCUGCAAAGGGCAGCCGCAUUGCGGGAACAAGAAGAUGACGUGGAUUUUGGUGCCGUCCUUGGCCAGGUUGCAACCAUUGCCAUUCCGCUGGCCAUUCAAUACUUCACCAAAUUACCGCUGCCA